UUUCCGGUCGGACAGUGUUUCGUGGCGCUCCUCCGUGUGUUGGAUCCUGCGGUCUGCUCCCGGUUGUUCCUCCUACUGUUUGUUUACCGGUUUGUUGUUUGUUUGUUGAUUGUUUACCGGCCUGUAAACAUGCCGCGCGCCGGAAGCUCCUUGUUCUCUGGUUUCCGCGUUCUGGGGCUCUACUCCAACCACGUGCCGCACGCGCUCCGGUACCAUAUGAAGCACCGGGAGUUCUACGUGGUGACGUCAGUGGGCCAAAGCUUUCACACAUUCAACGUGAGCCGCCUCGGGAUCGUCUCUGUCAGUAACAGUCUGGCAGAUGACAUCACGUGCUUGGCGGCUGACAGGAUGCUGGUGUUCGCCGCCAGCGGAACGACGAUCUGCGCCUUCGCUCGGAACAAAGAGGUGGUGAUGCGUUACCAUGGACACAAGCAUGACGUGCGUCUGCUUCUUCCGCUGGGCGAUCAGCUGAUUUCUGCCGACAGCGGUGGCGACGUCAUUGUUUGGGACGUUCAGGGAGGAGAUAUUUACCUACAGCUGAACUUUGACCCCGGCACCUUUGAUGUGUCAGCCAUGAUGCACCCCAGCACGUACCUGAACAAGGUGCUGCUGGGCAGCUCCCAGGGAGCUCUGCAGCUGUGGAACAUCAAGACCAGUAAGCUGUUGUUCACCUUUCCUGGGUGGUCGGCAGCCGUCACCGUCCUGCAGCAGAGUCCAGCAGUAGAUGUGGUCGGGGUUGGCACGGCGACGGGUCGCAUCAUCAUCCACAACAUCCGACUGGAUGAGACGCUGAUGAGCUUCACUCAGGACUGGGGACCAGUCAGCACCCUGGCUUUCAGGACAGACGGCCCUCCGAUCGUCGCCUCCGGGAGUCCUCAGGGACACAUUGCAUUCUGGGACUUGGAGCGCAAGCAGCUCGUAGCCCAGCAGAGAAAUGCCCACAGAACAGCGGUUGCCGCGGCAACGUUCCUGCACGGAGAGCCGUUGAUGGUCACCAACGGAGCCGAUAACGCCAUCAAGGUCUGGAUAUUUGACCAGGAGGGGGGCGGGGCCAGGCUGCUCAGGUGUCGUCAGGGCCACAGUGCCCCUCCCACCACCAUCCACCACCACGGCAACGAUGGAAAGAACAUCCUGAGCGCAGGUCAGGAUGGGACACUGCAGUCCUUCUCCACUGUACACGAACGCUUCAACAAGAACCUGGGUCACGGAUCUAUAAGCAAGAAAAAGGAGAAGAACAAGAAGAAGGGGCUGGCCUACGAGGAGCUGCGUCUUCCUGCAAUCACAGCUUUUGCAUUUGGUGUGACCCGUCAGUCGGACUGGGACGGGAUCGUGGCCUGUCACCGAGGCCGCCUGACCGCCACCACCUGGAACUACCAGCGCUGCACCAUGGGAGCUCAUCAUCUAAAGCCUCCAGCUGUCAGAAGGGAUGCUGUUGCCACGGCUGUUGACAUCACUUCCUGCGGUAACUUUGCUUUGAUUGGCUUGUCCUGUGGCCGUGUGGAUGUCUAUAACCUGCAGUCUGGUCUCCACCGCGGUUGCUACGGUGAUGAUGAAAAAGCUCACAGCGGCGCGGUGCGAGGCGUUGCUGCAGACACGCUGAACCAGCUGACCCUCACCUGCGGCUCCGAUUGGCUGCUGAAGUUCUGGCGCUUUAAGACGAGGAAGCAGGAGGAUCAGCUUAAGCUGAGUGCUUCGCCGGCGAGCAUGAGGCUUCACAGGGACAGCGGGAUGCUCGCCGUGGCGCUGGAUGACUUCACACUAGCCGUCGUCGACAUUGAAACCAGACGGAUCGUCAGGAAGUUUGCAGGUCACCACGGCAACGUAACAGACAUGACCUUCAGCCCUGAUGGCCGCUGGCUGGUUACCACGGCGAUGGACUGCACCAUCAGGACCUGGGACCUCCCCUCUGGCAGUCUAGUCGACUGCUUCCUGGUUUCCAUGGCGCCCGUGGGAGUUUCCAUGUCACCGACAGGAGACUUUCUGGCUACGGCUCAUGUGGACAGUCUGGGAAUUUACCUCUGGAACAACAGGAGUCUGUGCGGCCCUGUGGGGCUCCGCCCCCUCCCAGCUGACUACCAGCCAGUUGAGGAGACGCUUCCUGGUGUCUCUGCGGAGGAGGCUGCAGAGGAACUGAAAUCAGAGGAGGUCGAUGAUGCGUACCAAUCGGCUGAGCAGCUCGGGGAGCAGCUGGUGACCCUGUCGCUGAUGCCGGAGUCCCGAUGGAAAAGUCUGCUCCACCUGGACACCAUCAGGAAGAGGAACAAACCUACAGCGCCCCCUGCUGCCCCACCCACCGCCCCCUUUUUCCUGCCGACCGUUCCUGGUCUGACACCUCAGUUUGCGUUGCCCCCGACAACCAAAGAGGACACACAGUCCAAGGUGCUUCGAUGGGGGUCGCUGGCUCAGAGGUCUGAGUUCGGUUCUGCUUUGGAGUCCGCACUGGAGUCUGGAUCAUUCGAUCGGCCGCUGCAGAUCCUGAAGGAGUGUGGGCCGUCCGCGGUUUCCGUGGAGCUUACCUGUCUGACAUCAGAAGGAGGCGGAGACAACAACCUCCUGCUCGGCUUCAUCCACAUGAUUGACAGGAUGCUGGCUAGUGGGCGGGACUUCGACCUGGCGCACGCUUACCUGGCUCUUUUCUUGAAGCUUCAUCUGCGCACGUUGUCGCAGGAUGCCGUUGCCAUGGAAGCGCUGAUUCAUCUCUCCUCCAGACUGGAGUCUGGGUGGGCGGAGCUUCAAGGAUCGUUUAACCAAUCAUUGUGUCUGCUGUCGUACACAAAGAGUGCGCUGCUGUGAAGUGCACAGCGUUUGUUUUUGAUUAAAGUUUUUCCUGUUUUUGUAUC